AUGGCCGCUCAAGAAAACUCGGAUCUGUCCACAAAAUUCUCCACGCUGAACGUGAACGCAGUGGAGUUCGUGCCGAGCUUCAGCUACGGCGGCCCUGCCAGCACGGCGGCUGUAGUAUCGGCGCAAGCAGAGGGAGAAGCGCCGCCGCCAGCGGACACCCAGCCACCUGGAGCUGGCUCAGGGUCGGGAUCAGCCACACCAGCCACAACUCCGGACUCCACCGGCAGCGGGGGAUCAACAAAUGCCUUGGUAGCGGCCGGAGCAGCAGCGACAGCAUCAGCAGCGGGACCUGCGGAGGCACAAGCGGGAUCCUCGUCGGCCGCCGCCUCCAACUCAGCCUCGCCCGCUCCGGGCUCGCCGGCAACCACGCCUUCGACGGCGGCAGCGGGACCAAUCGAGAACCUCAGUGCGACAGACAAAAUCGCAAACAAUGAAACUGAUCCCGCUGAUAGUUGGGAUGUAGAUGACGAUACAGUCAUAACUCCUGAAGACGAAGAAGCCGAAGAUGAGUUUGUUGAGGGCGAGGCUACGCCGAAGGUGUCCAAAAAGAAGAUCGUCAAAGUCGAGGAGAACAGAAGCAAGCGGGAGCACGUGAACGUUGUGUUCAUUGGUCAUGUUGAUGCUGGAAAAUCAACAAUUGGUGGACAGAUCAUGUCGCUCACAGGAAUGGUAGACAAGCGGACGCUGGAGAAGUACGAACGGGAAGCACGUGAAAAGUCGCGAGAGAGCUGGUACCUCUCCUGGGCGCUGGACACAAACCAAGAGGAGCGUGACAAGGGGAAGACCGUGGAGGUGGGACGAGCCUUCUUCGAGACGGACCGCAAGCACUUCACCAUCCUCGAUGCCCCAGGCCACAAGAGCUUUGUGCCCAACAUGAUUGGCGGAGCGGCACAAGCAGAUCUGGCUGUUCUGGUCAUAUCGGCGAGAAAGGGUGAAUUCGAGACGGGAUUCGAUCGAGGCGGGCAGACCCGAGAGCACGCCAUGUUGGCCAAGACAGCGGGCGUUAAGCAUCUGGUCGUGCUGGUUAACAAAAUGGACGAUCCCACAGUCAGUUGGGAUCAGACGCGUUACAACGAAUGCAAAGACAAGAUACUACCAUACCUCAAGAAGCUGGGCUUCAAUCCAGCCAAGGAUCUUACCUUUAUGCCUUGCUCCGGCCUCAGCGGCUACGGCCUAAAGGAUCAAAUUCCAGAGUCCAUCUGCCCAUGGUACAGAGGGCCCGCGUUCAUACCAUUCAUCGACGAACUGCCCUCACUCAAUCGCAAGUCUGACGGGCCCUUCAUCAUGCCCAUUGUCGAUAAAUACAAGGAUAUGGGAACAGUCGUGAUGGGCAAAGUGGAGUCCGGAAUGGCGCGAAAGGGUCAAAAUUUGCUGGUGAUGCCAAACAGGACACAAGUGGCCGUAGAUCAACUGUUCUCCGACGACUUUGAAGUCACAUCUGUUGGUCCCGGCGAGAAUGUUAAGAUCAAGCUGAAAGGCAUCGAGGAAGAGGAUGUCUCGCCUGGUUUUGUACUCUGCGAUGCCACUAAUCCCAUUAAGACGGGAAAAAUCUUUGAUGCUCAGGUCGUUAUAUUAGAACAUAAAUCAAUUAUCUGUGCGGGUUACUCGGCCGUCAUGCACAUACACUGCGCUGCCGAAGAGGUCACAGUAAAGGCCCUCAUCUGUUUGGUCGACAAAAAGUCUGGUGACAAAUCAAAAACACGUCCACGGUUCGUUAAGCAGGAUCAGGUUGCAAUUAUGCGAAUCGAAUGCUCCGGAAUGAUUUGCCUUGAACAGUUUAAGCUCUUCCCACAAAUGGGCCGCUUCACGCUAAGAGAUGAAAACAAAACCAUUGCCAUUGGUAAGGUACUGAAGGUGGUCGAAUAAAUUGAGCCAAGCUACGUUCUAGCGCCCGCCUUUCACUGCGACUUUGGGAAUAGCAUUGCACGCCAGACGAGAGACAACAAAAACGCCACGCUUUCUUCAUAUUUUACAAAAACCCAGGCAGUACACCCCCAUACACCACUGUUCUUUUACGUUUAACAGCAAUAGCAACUGAUUAUAUAUUGAUUAGAGGAAGGUUAUAUAUAGCAAACGACAUCAAUCGCUGAAUCGGAUCCGUUCCCAGAGCCCGUUUUAAUGUGCAUUAUAUUAUCGGGAAAACGGAAAGUUCAUUUACAACCCGGACAGACAUCCAGCUGGGACAAGCGGACAAUGACUCUCCCAUUCAGAGAUCGAAACAGAAAUGCAUUAUAUACGAAACAUAAACUAUAUUGUGUGCAACUAAAAGAAAAUCGGUAGCAAGACCAUUGCAAAACAAGAUGUACUAUUUAUAUAUAUACACAAAAAAAACAUACAUAUAUAUAUAAACGCAUCAGAGAUGAUGACGAUGCCGAUGAUAAUUGAUUACGUAUGAUAAUGCAUAAAUAGGUUCUUAUUACAAUUUGCGUUUGUUAAGGCCAUACUCUCAACUAUACGUACGAGUAUAUUGAGAAUAAGUCGAGCCGCCGUCGAUUUUAUUUUGGUCUAUUACUUUUGUAUAAACUGUAAGCAUUAUAUAACGUACACGUACAUGCCUAAAUCACGCGCAAGUCGUGACAUUUUUUAAAAACUAAAGAACUAAAAGCUGCAAGCUACCCAAUUUUUAUAUUUAUACAAGCGAAAAGUAAGAAAUAUAUCCGAACCGGUCUCCGCCACGGUUCCCCAUCCCCCAUUCCCAUAGAUUUCCUUUUGUAUGAGCCUUUGAAUUGCAAAUUUGUUAAAUAGUCCCGCAAAAUCGUUUACGAUUACUUCCCCAAUUAUAUUUUUUUACAAAUACAUAUUAUAUAACUAAAGGCUUUAAUUUAAGUUUAAGCCCCAAGAUCUUUGCAAAGUUAGUUUGAUUCGUAAGUUCAAAUGAUAGAUUGUUUGAAAUCAUUAUAAACUAAAACAACACACGAAGCAGAAACCGAAAGUGUACGCGAACAUAAUCCAUUACGUAAAAAUGUAAUUGUUAAUUUGAUUACUUCAUUACUUACUUUACUAUAUAUUCCCUUUAAACACCCCAAAUUUGUUUUGCUACUACAAACGAAUUUUUGAUUUUUUAUAAUUUAGUAAAUUGAAGAAAUCGUGCAAAUACCACGAAAUACGAAAGCCUAAUUAUGAAGGAAAAUAAAAAUGCCUUUUUGCUAUCAAGCAGAAAAAAAAACGAA